AUGACACAUAACACAUAUCAUAUCACCUGUCUCAGUACUGUGAUCUGUCUCAAUACUGUCACCCAUCUCAAUACUGUCACCUGUCUCAAUACUGUCACCUGUCUCAAUACUGUCACCUGUCUCAAUACUGUCACCUGUCUCAAUACUGUCAUCUGUCUCAAUACUGUCAUCUGUCUCAAUACUGUCAUCUGUCUCAAUACUGUAGUCUGUCUCAAUACUGUCACCCCUCUGAAUACUGUCACCAGUCUCAAUACUGUAGUCUGUCUCAAUACUGUCAUCUGUCUCAAUACUGUCACCUGUUUCAAUACUGUCACCUGUCUCAGUACUGUCAUCUGUCUCAAUACUGUCACCUGUCUCAAUACUGUCACCUGUCUCAAUACUGUCACCUGUCUCAAUACUGUCAACUGUCAGUACUGUCACCUGUCUCAAUACUGUAACCUGUCUCAAUACUGUAAUCUGUCUCAAUACUGUCAUCUGUCUCAAUACUGUCACCUGUUUCAAUACUGUCACCUGUCUCAGUACUGUCAUCUGUCUCAAUACUGUCAUCUGUCUCUACUGUAAUCUGUCUCAAUACUGUCAUCUGUCUCAAUACUGUCACCUGUCUCAAUACUGUCACCUGUCUCAAUACUGUUGUCUGUGUCAAUACUGUCACCUGUCUCAACACUGUCACCUGUCUCAAUACUGUCACCCGUCUCAAUACUGUAAUCUGUCUCAAUACUGUCAUAUGUCUCUACUGUAAUCUGUCUCAAUACUGUCAUCUGUCUCAAUACUGUCACCUGUCUCAAUACUGUAAUCUGUCUCAAUACUGUCAUCUGUCUCAAUACUGUCACCUGUUUCAAUACUGUCACCUGUCUCAAUACUGUCAUCUGUCUUAAUACUGUCACCGGUCUCAAUACUGUCACGUGUCUCAAUAGUGUCACCUGUCUCAAUACUGUCACCUGUCUCAAUACUGUAAUCUGUCUCAAUACUGACAUCUGACUCUACUGUAAUCUGUUUCAAUACUGUCAUCUGUCUCAAUAUUGUCACCUGUCUCAAUACUGUAAUCUGUCUCAAUACUGUCAUCUGUCUCAAUACUGUCACCUGUUUCAAUACUGUCACCUGUCUCAGUACUGUCAUCUGUCUCAAUACUGUCAUCUGUCUCCACACUGUCUCCUGUCUCAAUACUGUGACCUGUCUCAAUACUGUCACCUUUCUCAAUACUGUCACCUGUCUCAAUACUGUCACCUGUCUCAAUACUGUCAUCUGUCUCAAUACUGUAGUCUGUCUCAAUACUGUCACCUGUCUCAACACUGUCACCUGUCUCAAUACUGUCAUCCGUCUCAAUACUGUCACCCGUCUCAAUACUUUCACCUGUCUCAAUACUGUCACCAGUCUCAAUACUGUAGUCUGUCUCAAUACUGUAGUCUGUCUCAAUACUGUCAUCUGUCUCAAUACUGUCACCUGUCUCAAUACUGUCACCUGUCUCAAUAAUGUCACCUGUCUCAGUACUGUCAUCUGUCUCAGUACUGUCACCUGUCUCAAUACUGUCAUCUGUCUCAAUACUGUCAUCUGUCUCAAUACUGUAGUCUGUCUCAAUACUGUCAUCUGUCUCAAUACUGUCACCUGUUUCAAUACUGUCACCUGUCUCAAUACUGUCAUCUGUCUCAAUACUGUCACCUGUUUCAAUACUGUCACCUGUCUCAAUACUGUCAUCUGUCUCAAUACUGUCACCUGUCUCAAUACUGUCACCUGUCUCAAUACUGUCACCUGUGUCAGUACUGUCACCUGUCUCAAUACUGUCACCUGUCUCAAUACUGUAAUCUGUCUCAAUACUAUCAUCUGUCUCAAUACUGUCACCUGUUUCAAUACUGUCAUCUGUCUCAAUACUGUCAUCUGUCUCUACUGUAAUCUGUCUCAAUACUGUCAUCUGUCUCAAUACUGUCAUCUGUCUUAAUACUGUCACCUGUCUCAAUACUGUCACCUGUCUCAAUAAUGUUGUCUGUCUCAAUACUGUCACCUGUCUCAACACUGUCACCUGUCUCAAUACUGUCACCCGUCUCAAUACUGUCACCCGUCUCAAUACUGUCACCUGUCUCAAUACUGUCACCAGUCUCAAUACUGUAGUCUGUCUCAAUACUGUCAUCUGUCUCAAUACUGUCAUCUGUCUCAAUACUGUCACCUGUCUCAACACUGUCACCUGUCUCAAUACUGUCACCUGUUUCAAUACUGUCACCUGUCUCAGUACUGUCAUCUGUCUCAAUACUGUCACCUGUCUCAAUACUGUCAUCUGUCUCAAUACUGUCACCUGUCUCAAUACUGUCACCUGUUUCAAUACUGUCACCUGUCUCAAUACUGUCACCUGUCUCAAUACU